AUGUCUGAUCGUCCACAAACAAUGUUGAUGAAACUUGUUUUCAAAAGGGCACCAGUAAUGCGUGAGCCUUAUCGAGGUUCACAUUGGACAAUAAUUGAAACAAGUAAAAUAAACAAAAAAGAAUCAAGUGUACAUAAACGAAAAGAAAAAGCUGAAUCAUUAAAUAAAACGAACAAAAUUGUUCAAAAAACAUCACCAUCAUCAUCAUCCUUAAUUGAAAAGGUAGCCAUAUCAUUGAAAAAUAUACGUCGCUAG